AUGGUAUCUUUAAUGAAGACUGAAGUUUGGAGUGAACAGAACAUCCUGACUCCAGCACAGGUGUGUGGUGACGUCCUCAAAGAACUAGAUGAUGUAUCCCAAGUAGAGUGUGCUCUAUACUGUUUGGGACAAGUGAUCAUGUGCUUCAUGUUUGAAUUCAAUUACAUGACAAAUGUUUGUCGUCUCUUCUCUGGUAUAGCUAAUCCAAACGGGACACACUUGUUACCAUGGACACCUUUUGUGGCAUACAAAGGACUUUCAAAUUGUGAACGAGCUGGAUAUACAUACGUGACGGGGGACGAAGGCCUUUGCUUUAAGUUAUUUGAGACAGAGUUGCCAUGGUUCGACGCUCGGAUUAAAUGUGAAGAGGAGAAGGGUAGACUUCUGGUACUGAAGACCUCCAGACAUGUUGAUACUAUCAUGAGUUAUUCAGGUUACUUGCCUUCAUCGUUUUGGAUUGGAUUAUCUGACCCUAACAAAGAUGGGAACUGGAAAUGGAUAGAUGGCACCGCCUUCAACUCCUCAGUUUGGCAUAAUAUUUUGAUAGAUGGCCAGGCAGGAAACUAUCCUGGUGAACAUGACACAGCCGACUGUAUCAGGAUUAAAUGGUCAACACAAUAUCUUCAUGACGUUAACUGUAAAGGCGUGGAUCGUUUUGUGUGCGAACGACCACAGUUACUAUAA